AUGCGUGAAAUUUGUCAUUUGCAAGCCGGCCAAUGCGGAAAUCAAAUCGGUGCAAAAUUUUGGGAAGUUAUUUCUGAUGAGCACGGCAUCGACCCGACCGGUUCUUACCACGGAGAUUCGGAUCUACAGUUAGAGCGAAUCAAUGUUUACUACUCGGAGGCACUCGAACACUUAUGCACGCGUGACAAUGAUGUAUUAUCAGGCGGAAAAUACGUGCCUAGGGCGAUCCUCGUGGAUCUGGAACCGGGCACCAUGGAUUCCGUGAGAUCCGGUCCAUUCGGUCAGAUAUUUCGGCCGGACAACUUUAUUUUCGGUCAAUCCGGCGCGGGUAACAACUGGGCAAAAGGGCAUUAUACCGAAGGUGCCGAAUUGGUGGAUUCCGUGUUGGACGUGGUCAGGAAGGAAGCGGAAAGUUGCGAUUGCCUACAAGGGUUUCAACUGAUCCACUCGCUGGGCGGCGGGACUGGUUCCGGCAUGGGCACACUUUUGAUAUCGAAAAUCCGUGAAGAAUACCCGGACCGCAUCAUGACUACGUACAGCAUAGUCCCUUCGCCCAAGGUGUCCGACACGGUGGUGGAACCGUACAACUCUACGCUGUCGGUGCACCAGUUGGUGGAAAACACGGACGAGACGUUCUGCAUCGACAACGAGGCGCUGUACGACAUAUGCUUCCGGACGCUGAAGCUGACCACGCCCACGUACGGCGACCUGAACCACCUGGUCUCGGCGGCCAUUUGCGGCGUGACCACGUGCUUUCGGUUCCCAGGGCAACUGAACACGGACCUGCGGAAGCUGGCCGUAAACAUGGUUCCGUUCCCGCGGCUUCACUUCUUCAUCAUCGGGUUUGCGCCGCUCACGUCCCGCGGAAGCCAGCAGUACCGCGCGCUCACCGUGCCGGAGCUGGUGCAGCAGAUGUUCGACGCAAAGAACAUGAUGGCCGCGUGUGACCCGCGCCAUGGCCGGUACCUGACUGCGGCCAGCAUAUUCCGCGGCCGCAUGUCCAUGAAAGAGGUGGACGAGCAGAUGCUCAACGUGCAGACCAAGAACUCCAGCUACUUCAUCGAGUGGAUACCGAACAACACCAAGACGGCUGUGUGUGACAUACCGCCCCGGGGCCUGAAGAUGUCGGCCACGUUCAUCGGCAACACCACGGCCAUCCAGGAGAUGUUCAAGCGCGUGGCCGAGCAGUUCACGUCCAUGUUCCGGCGCAAGGCGUUCUUGCACUGGUACACCGGCGAGGGCAUGGACGAGAUGGAGUUCAGCGAGGCCGAGGCCAACAUGAACGACUUGGUGUCCGAGUACCAGCAGUACCAGGACGCGACCGUCGAGGAGGAAGGCGAAGGCGACGAGGACGAAGACGCCGACGCGUAA